AUGUCAAGGACGAUACGGUUGUUACAAUGGCUGACGAUGUGUAUAAUUGCUGUCUCCACAGAGUUGAUAUAUAUAGAUGAUGAACAUUACAUGUAUGAUGUAGGAGAUCGACUUCUCAGUAUUGGUCUGGAGUCACAAUAUGUGGCUGACCCUACCAGAUUUGAUUUUCGGUCCACCAAGCUACUUCAGCUAGCAAAGGGAUUGGCCCCAGCAUAUUUACGUAUUGGAGGAACAAGUUGUGACUUCCUCUUGUUCAACGAGUCACUAAGUAAAGAUGUCACAUUGCCUACUUUACCGAGAUCCAAUUAUACAUUAAGCGAAAAGCGUUUUGAUGACAUCAACAACUUUGCCGCACAAUCAGGAUUAAGAUUAUUAUUUGAUCUAAAUGUCUUCCUCAGGAAAGGUCCAGCUUGGGAUCCAACAAAUUCUCAAGAAAUCUUCACUUACGCAAAAAAUAAAUAUCCCAACAUAGAUUGGCAGUUGGGCAAUGAGCCAGACUUAUAUCGUGUUUCACUAAACAUGGAUAUAUCAGCAGAGCAUCUAGCUCAUGACUUUGAAACACUAAGUCACACGAGAUCCAAGUCAUUUCCCUCGAGCCUUGUUGUUGGACCAGACACAACAAACCCAAGUUUCCUUAGUAGUAGCUACAUGGCUAGCUUCCUCAAAACCUUACACUCGGACAACACACGCAUUGAUGCUGUUACAUGGCACCAUUACUAUACAAAUGGAAAGACAGCUAAGCUAGCAGAUUUCACAGAUCCCGAGCUCUUAGACAACCUUCAGCGUGAAAUAGAUGUUGUAGAAGAUAUUGUCAGUAGAUAUGCUCCAAACACUACAGUAUGGCUUGGUGAGACCAGCUCUGCGUAUGGGGGAGGAGCCCCUGGUAUAUCUGAUAGAUACGUGGCUGGAUUUAUGUGGUUGGAUAAGCUAGGAAUAUUGGCCAGACACAACUAUAAAGUGGCGAUACGUUGGUCACUCAUAGUCUCCAACUAUGCCCUCUUAGAUCCAGACCUCAAUCCGAAUCCUGAUUAUUGGACCUCAUAUCUGUACAAAACUCUAGUAGGAGGACGUGUAUUAGGGGUGACCAAUAUAUCAGCUUCAACAAGCGGAAAUGAAUCCGAUGGCAAACAUUUCCGUGUCUACGCUCAUUGCACCAACAAAAGGAGCGGAUACAAUACAGGGUCGGUUGUUGUAAUUGCUCUUAAUCUCAACAAUGGUGCUGCCACGUGGAAGGCAGCGGGCUAUGUUGGUUCGUCCAGUGUAGAUCAGUAUCUCAUCACCUCUUACGGAUCGGGUGGAUUACUUUCCAAAAACGUGGCUGUUAAUGGGCACCACGUUCAAAUGCUAAACGAUGAAACUCUGCCCAUUAUAAAGGCUUUGAACAUACCAAGAGGAACACUUAUCAAUAUGCCAGCUAAGACAUAUGGGUUCUAUGUUUUCCCAGACAUACAGGCAAAUGCGUGCAAGUGAUUUGGCUGAUAAAUGACGACAUAGGCUCUUAAUGAUGCCAUGUGAAGCGUAUUGCAUACAUGUAGAUGGCAUAACAGAUGGGACAUGGUGAACAACUCUGAAUCCAAAAAGUAACACCUUUUGAUGAUGAAUGAAAAUCGCAAGAAAAUUACUCAUUUUUAAUUUCAAAGUUU